AUGAACCAGCAGCGUGUCUACCAGCAGUUUCAGCAGCGACCGGGCGGUUCAGGGGCCCUUCCGGGCCAGAACGCUACGCCGUCCCCAGGAGUCCCUGGAGCGGUGGCGGGCCAGCAGCGGACCGAUGUCGCGGCCCAGCAGCAACGUCACCACCCGCUGAGCCAGCACUACCAGUUGCAACAACAGCAGCAGCUUCAGCAGUUACAGGAGCAACAACACGCGGCCAUGUAUGGCGCCCAGUCUCAGCAACAGCAACAACAGCAGCAACAGCAGCAACAGCAACACUCUCAGCAACAGAUGCAGCACCAGUACCAUCAGCAGCAGCUGGCGCACCAGGCCCAGGUCCAGCAUCAACAUCAGCACCAGCAGCAGAUGCAACAACACCAGCUCAGCCAGAUGACCCAGGCCCAGCAACAGCUGUACGCGCAGCAGCAACACGCGCAGCAGCAACAUCAGCUCCACCAGAUGCACCGGCAGAGCCAGAACUCCAUCAAUGGCAUGAUGGGAGGCGUGUCCAUGUCGCAGGUGGCGUCUCCUCAGCAGCAGCAGACCAACGUUUCGAUCAGCCAGUUGCAACAGCAGCAGCAGCAGGCGGCGUUGGCUCAGCAACAGGCUCAGGCUCAGGCUCAGCAGGCGCAACAAGCUGCCGCUCAGCAACAGGCACAACGUCAGGCUAGCACAGCCGGCCAGACCACAGCCCAGCAGUUGUAUGCCCAGCAACAGGCCCAGGCACAGGCCCAGCAGCAGAAGAACAACCUGCCGUCUAUUAAUCACAUGUACCUGCAGCAACAGCAGGCCCAAGCUGCUGCCCAAGCCAAAGCUCAACAACAAAAGCAGCAGCAGCAGACUCAGGCCCAGACCCAGGCCCAGGCUCAGCAACAAACCCAUGCGCAGCAACAGACCCAUGCUCAGCAACUGGCUCAGCAGCAGGCACAGACUCCCCAGACUCAGCACACCUCCCAAGCUCACCCUCAGGCACAAGCCCAGGCACAAGCUCAGGCACAGGCCCAAGCGCUCGCACAAGCGCAGUACCAGAGACAGCGGCAACACAGUCAUCUCCAGGGCGACGCGUCGCAAUACACUUCGCUGCAACAGCAGCAGGCGGCGGCACACCAGCAUCAGGCACAUCUCCAGUACCAGGCUCAUCUCCAGCAGGUGCAGCAACAGCAGGCCCAGCUGGAGGAGAAGCGACGCAAAGCGUCCACUGCGAGCGUCGGGACCCCCAAAAGCGCUGCUGCCACCCCCAGAAUCCAGGCCGGGCACCAUCUGACGCCCCAGCAGCAACAUGCGUUGACUCCUCAGCAGGCUCAUGCUCAGCAACAGCAGCAGAGCCACGCACAGCAGCACGUGCUAACAACGCCUCAGCAACACGCAUUGAGCGCUUCUCAACAGCGUGCGUCUCCUCAGAACCUGACUCCCCAGCAACAGGCUCGUCAGUUGCAGCAGAAGCAGCAACAGCACGUUCAGCAGGCACACACUGCUCAUACUCAGGCCCAGCAGGCGGCUCAACAGCAGCAGCAAGCUGCGUACCAACAGACGCAGAAGGCUCAGACUACAAAACAGCAGCAGCAGCAGCAACAGCAGUAUCAGCAACAGCAGCAGCAUUAUCAUCAGCUUGCAGCCCAGCAGCAGGCCCAGGCCCAGCAGCAGGCUCAGGGGAUUAGCCAGAGCACCACUCCGCAGUUGUUGCAGCGACAGCCCGGGGUGCAGGGUCAGAAGGGACAACAAGCAGUGGCACUUGGUGCUGUGCAGCAGACACAGCAUGGUGUCGCACAGCACGGUGCACAGCAUGCCACUCAGCAGGUGAAGUUAGAGCAGCAACAGCAGCAUCCCCAUCCCCAGGCCCAGGUUCAGCAUCAGGGCCAGCUUCAGGGACAGCAGCAGCAUCAGCAGCAUCAGGGUGUCCAACAGGGUGUUCAACAGGGUGUUCAGCAGCAGCAUGGCGUUGCUCAGCAUGCUCAGCAGGCACAGCAUCAGCAGACACAGCAUCAACAGCAUGGCGUUAAUCAGCAACAGCAGACUCAACAGCAGGGUGUUAACCAGCAUCAACAGGCUCAGCAGCACCAGCAAGCCCAACACCAACAGACUCCACAGCAGGGCGUCAGUCAGCAACCUGCACACAAUGAGACUCCUUCCGUGGCACCAGCUGCACCCUCUUCUGUUCCUGCCUCUACUGCUCCCGCUACUGCCGCCUCGGCAGACUCCACGCCCUCUGCGGCACCUGGUGAGCCGAAGAAGAAGCGCAAGAACAAAAAGUCGCCGGCCAACUCGGUGCCUAUUACCAACAACGGCCCCGUGGUGUGUCGCGAGUGUGGCACGCAGUGCAGCAACACGUCUGAACUGAAGCGUCAUGAAAAACACAUCCACAACCGGUCGCUGUACAUGUGCCGAAAGUGCGGCGAGCUGUUCCAGACGGUGGCCGAGCGACAGACGCACAAGAACAACCGGCACUAUCCAGAGAUCCAGACGACCAUCUGGGCGUCCAACGUGUUCCGCGAGUUUCCGGCCAAUACGAUUGUGCAUUCCAAGCGUGACCAGAACGGCUACUUUAACUGUCCCAGUGAAUACUGCACGUUCAUCACGCGGAUCCCGUCGUACUGGCAUGACCACAUUCACAAUGUUGCUCACCAGGGCAUUGAUCCGCAGACGUCGAAACGGAAGCGCAAGCCCAAGAUUCUGUCGACACCCCAUCCCGGGGCGAUUGGUAACGGUGGUGCAGGUGUGGGGCCUGUGAGCGGCGAGGGCGAGCGGCAGGAGCGGGCCCAGCAGGCGGCCCAACGACAGCAGCAGCAGGCGGCCCAGCAACAACAACAACAACAGCAGCAGCAGCAACAGCAGCAGCAGCAGCAGCAGGAGAGUCAGAGCCAGCAGCAGGGUAAGCCCGCGCAGGGUCACACACAGCAGCAGGCUCAGACACACCAGGGCCAGCAGCAGCAGACCCACGCACAACCCCACGCACAGCCCCAUACUCAGCAUACGGGGGCCCAGCAGAUACAGCAGCACCACGUGCAUCAACUUCCGCAUCAACCUCAUUCCUUGUAA